AUGUAUGUGCGCAGCAGUCAGCAUCGCCUCAACGAGCUUCUCGACAACAUCAAGGCCGAGUUUGAGACGGAAUCUCAGCGCAGCGUUGAGUAUGAAGGGCAGAUCACUCGUCACAUUCAGGAAAUCGAAUUGAUCCGCAGCAAAGUCUACUCGCUCGAGCAGUCACACAACCAGAUGAAGGCAAAAUAUGAAGAGCGCAUUGCCCAGCUAGAGCGUGAAGUCGAGGCUCGCGGUGGACCCAGCCAGAACUCGCAGCACCACGGCCCCUCGCAGCCGCAGCCGCCACAGAUUGGCCAUGGACCUAGCAACCUCUUUGGCGAACCACAGCAGGGACAUGGCAUGCCACCACAGCUCGGCGGUCCUCAAGGACCACCAGGACUGAACCCUGCCCCAGGCCCGCCACAGCAUUUUGGUGGCUACCAGCCCGGCCCAUCCGUCAACGCAACUCCUCAGCAGAACAACCCCGCCCCCUAUCCCGGAUCGCCCCAGGUCCCACGACCAACUCCUCCUCCUCACCACCAGGCCAAUCCCUUGAUGCCACCCAACCACAUUCCUCUCAGCCAGAGUAACGUCCUGGCUGACCUUGACAUUGAGCAAUUGCCUGAAAACCUCAAGAAGGAGGGUAGCGAUUGGUUCGCCGUCUUCAACCCUCGCUCCAGGCGGGUUCUUGAUGUUGACCUCAUUCACAAUCUACCCCACCAGAGUGUGGUUUGCUGUGUUCGCUUUAGCUUGGACGGUAGGUGGGUCGCCACUGGUUGCAACCGGUCCGCGCAGAUUUUUGAUGUCGAGACUGGUAGCCCAGUCGCCCAUCUCCAGGACGGUAGUCUGCCCGAAGAUGGAGACCUCUACAUCCGAAGCGUCUGCUUCAGCCCCAACGGACAAUACCUUGCCACUGGUGCUGAAGACAAGGUCAUCAGGGUCUGGGACAUUGCUAGCCGCACCAUCAAGCAUCAAUUCACCGGCCACGAGCAGGAUAUUUACUCGCUCGACUUUGCCAGGAACGGAAAGAUCAUUGCAUCCGGAAGUGGCGAUAGGAGCGUCCGUCUUUGGGAUCUUGAGUCCAACAUGCAAGUUUCAAACUUCUCCAUUGAGGAUGGCGUCACUACUGUGGCCAUUUCGCCCGACAACCUUUACGUCGCAGCCGGUUCCCUUGACAAGAGUGUCCGUGUGUGGGAUAUCCAGACUGGCCAGCUUGUCGUCCGUCUCGAGGGCGAGCACGGCCACAAGGAUAGUGUCUAUAGUGUUGCUUUCGCUCCUUCUGGUAACCGUUUGGUUAGUGGCAGUCUGGAUAAGACUAUCAAGAUGUGGGAGCUAUCGACUCAGAACCGCUUCGUUCCCAAUGGGAACCACCCCAGUGGCAAGUGCAUCCGCACAUUUGAAGGACACAAGGACUUUGUUCUCAGUGUCGCGCUUACCCCGCACGGUGAUUGGGUGCUCAGUGGUUCCAAGGACCGCGGUGUCCAAUUUUGGGACCCCCACACUGGUGUCGCACAGCUUAUGUUGCAGGGACACAAGAACUCUGUCAUCUCCGUCGCCCCCAGCCCUACAGGAGGCGUCUUUGCUACUGGUAGCGGUGACAUGCGCGCACGAAUCUGGAGGUUCGACAGGUACCCCGGACCUUAGACAGGUCCUGAGAUUGCACUCUGGCCGCCGCCGCCGCCGCCACCCCAACUAUCGUUGCCACCUUCACCGUCAUCACCACCCCAAUCACCACCGCGGCCUUCAAUAUCCUCACUCUGGGGUCUCUCCCCGAUUAUUGCUUGAUGGUUUUGCUUUCUGAUGACAUUACUUGAAUUAUUUUUCGGGUGUUUUUUCCCAUUACGGUGUUGUCGACAAACAAGUGCUUAUGCCCCUUUCUUAUUACUAAAUGUGGCAGAUGGACGCGUAAAGAAAGAAGGGAUUUGUUAUCUAUUUGUUUUUACUCUUUUUUUUUGAUUCCCAGGCUUUUAUCACUUCCCCAUCCAUAGCUGAAGUAUCGGUCUUGUUUAUGAAUCGUUGUCUUG